CAAAAGCACUAGCAUUGGUCCCAUAUCAUGUCUCCUUAAUUAGCAUUUAGCAGCCCCAUUACUUUGAUUAAUUUCCAUCUUUCACCAUCUCUCUCCUCUCUUCAAUUAUUCCUAAAUUAAUCUUCUCUUAAUCAUCCUAAUCACUACUUCUUCCUAGCUUGUUUUGCCAACAAAGUGAAGUGAUUAAGAAAUUUUAAUUAUAAUUAUUAUAUAUCAUGUCAAGUGAUCACAAGAGAAGAGAGCCAGGUGGUGAACCUGGCUCGUCAUCAAAUCAACAGCGACCAGCACCUCAAUUAAGUCGAUACGAGUCACAAAAGCGUCGCGACUGGAACACUUUCGGACAGUACUUGAAGAACCAGAGGCCCGAUCCUGUCGCGAUGUCACAGUGCAACUAUAGCCACGUGUUGGAUUUCCUUCGAUACCUCGACCAGUUCGGAAAGACUAAGGUUCAUGUCCAGGGUUGCGUGUUUUUCGGGCACCCUGAUCCAGCUGGUCCUUGUACUUGUCCACUCAGGCAAGCCUGGGGGAGUCUUGAUGCACUCAUAGGACGCCUCAGGGCGGCUUAUGAGGAGAACGGGGGGACUCCAGAAACAAAUCCGUUUGCUAGUGGCGCGAUUCGUGUCUACUUGCGUGAAGUCAGAGAUUCGCAAGCUAAGGCUAGGGGAAUUCCGUACAAGAAGAAGAAGAAAAAGAGGAUUACGAAUCCUUUGAAGGCUAGCGAGGACACGGCUUCUAGCACCUUCCAAUUGCCAUCAUCUUGAAUCGGUGCUUCGAUGACUCUUGUUCGAAAAUAAAGGCUUAAAACUUCAGCAAGCUUGAAUCUCAUGGAGGUCCUUCACACCCUCAUUUUGAACCGCUACUUUGCGACUAUAAAGUUCUAUACUUGCUCAUCUUAUUCAUAUCCAUAUGAUCCUCCUCUUAGUUAAAAUAAUUGAAGCACUAUAUUUGUAUACUUAAAGCACAGAUUAAUAAAGGUUAAGAUGUUUGUAUACACAUUUUAAUAUUGUUUUGUUCCUUAUGAUUGAAAUCCAUAACAUAUAAUUUAA